AUGGUGAUAAUUAUUAAAGUUGCGCUGUUACUCCUCGCGGCGCUGUUUCACAAUAUCGAUCUGAUGCCUCCACAACCACCUCUUGGGGUUGGAGGGAAAGUAUACAAAGGACAGCUGUUCGAGAGAGCAGUUCUCCUAUGGGUCUAUGGUACUUGGGCCAUGAUCACCGCACUUGCAUUCAGUAACUCCGGUGUCCUCUUCGCACUCCACUACGCGUACCCGUAUUCCUCACAUAUCCUUUCGAAUCUGUGCCCUGCGCGUUCCCCAUCCCUUGAUACCAUUGGCACCCUCACUCCUCCCUUCCUUUUCGGGUUUUCCCUCAUGAUUCUAGCCACUCUUCUCCGUGUUUGGUGCUUUGUGACCCUCGGGCCGCUCUUCACCUAUGAAGUCACUAUCAAGCACGGACAUAGGCUCAUCACAUCCGGUCCUUAUUCCUAUGUCCGUCACCCGAGCUACUCCGCGGUGUUUUUGAUGCUCUUAGGAGCAGUGGCAACAUUUUGCUCGCAUGGGAAUUACAUCACAGAGUGGUGGGAUCAUGGCAUCUCCAGCUAA